UCUGCGAAUGCUAGCAAAGUAGCAUCGUGCAACAAUUAACAUCCCGGGAAUUCCCGACUCCAUUUGAGCAGCCCUACGUGUGGGCUGCAGACAGUCAGUGGUUAACGUUAAUCGCUUAAUUUCAUUUGUCUUGCUGACUCUUGCUUCUUCAAGACAUUGCCCGUUUCUUUGAUCGUGUUUCGUGAGGAGCAAAACACUGACGACAUAGAAAAUCUUGAGUCUUUCACGUCUGUGGAACUCAUAGGCUAGUCUUGGAGGAGAGCUUGGUGAUUCUGAUGGACCAUCGCUGGUAAUAUGUGAAAUGCUUGCAGAGCCUGAUAUGCAGGGUUCCAGAAGCAUUGCAGUGAGAUGCAGUGGCCGCCGGGUCCGACGUACUGAUGAGGUCAUGCGGUCCCUCUCAACUGCAAGUAAAGAACAUGAGGGUAUCGGGGGUACCUCCAUGUAUCGAGAGAACUCUGAACCCUCUCACGGAGCAGCUUCUGAAGCAGAGUCUGAGGAAAAGUUAAAUAAGAGUCAGGCGAUGAAAACUGCAGAGAGGUCUUCUGCCAUGAGAAUGGCUUCCAAAAGGAUGACUGGUAAAAAGAAAAGGCUAAGGUCUAAUUCAGACAGUGGUGACGUGAGCUCAGAUAUGGAUGACAGUGAUGAGCUAACGUUGAAGGAACUGCAGGUACUGCUGAUGAAGCGCAAGAAGGAUGUGGUAAUGGGGUCUGACUUGGGGUCUAACCCAUUAAAGAGAGCGACCAAGCAGGAGGAAGCAGAGAAGGCAAAGACACAGAGCCUAGGGGUGCAAGAUGUCAUGGACUCUUGUGGUAGACAUGUUCCUAGAAUAAAUAAGGGCUCAAGGUUGGUCAAGGAGUGCUUACAACCCAAAGCUGUUGGAAAACUCAGCAUCUGGAGCAGUGACAGUGACGAGGAGGUGGAGGAGUCAUCUAGCCAAUCUGAUCCCAAUGCAGUUUACUGUAUUUGCCAACAAAAACGCAACAAGAGGUUCAUGAUUUGCUGUGACCGUUGUGAAGAAUGGUAUCACGGGGACUGCGUUGCUGUUACAGAGGCUCAUGGUCGUAUGCUGGAGAAGAAUGGUAAAGACUAUAUUUGCCCUAGUUGUACCUCACAUGAAAUCCAGAACACUGUUGCCAGAAAAACCCAGAAUAUAAAGCAUCCAGAAUCCAGGACUGAAAUUGGUUCCACAAGAGAAAAAACAAUGCAGUUAGUUGGUGUGGAGGAAGAUCAGAUGAACAGCGGAAUAGAGAUGACCACUAAUUUCAGUGGAAAAGAAGCUGUUGAUAUACUUCAGCCUGCAUCAGGAGUGACUGGAUUGCCCAGGUGUAUUGGCCCAGGCUGCAGUAAAAAUGCUUUGCCAGAUUCUGUCUACUGUAGUAGAGAUUGCAUCGUCCGACAUGCUGCAGCUACUAUGAAAUCUCUGGAAGAUACAAAAGAGUGCAAACAGAGACCAAAAACAGACUCAAAGGUCCAAAAGAGGUCACUCCGACAGAGAAAUGUAAGGAGUACAAUAACAGAAUCAGCCAGUAAAGCACAGGAAGAGAAAGAGUCAUUCAGCAAGGAGGAAGAGGGGCCACCGCAGGACCUGACAACACUUACCUGGCCUACUGAUCAGGACUGCAGCGCAGCAAAACCAGAAAGAAUGGUUGUAUCUUCUGGGUUUUGCAAAUUGUCUGGAGAGGACAGUGGAGUGGCUGAGGACAAGGAUGUACCUGCUGGAUCCCAGGAGCUGGAUACUUGCACCAUACCCAGGAUGCUCUCACUUCUACCUCGCCUCAAGCAGCAGCAGCGGUUGCAGAACCCCCAUGUUCCCUCUGCCUCAUGCUCAGUGGUGAGGCCUCCACAGGUGGUUUGUCCCCCUGCUCUUUCCAAGCCCCCAAACAACCAGAUUAGGCACAACAUCCAUCGGUCACUCAAAGAGAUUCUGUACAGGAGGGUGAGUGACAGUGAUGAUCUCCAGAUAACUGAGAGUGACAUUGGAAAACUUGCUGUCAGUAUUGAGAAAGAAAUUUUCAACAUGUUCCUGGACACAGAUGCAAAGUACAAGAAUAAAUACAGAUCAGUUAUGUUCCACUUGAAAGAUCCUAAAAACAAGGCCUUGUUUUAUCGGGUUGUUUGUGGAGAAGUGACACCCUAUAGACUGGUAAGAUUGACAUCAGAGCAACUCCUCUGUAGGGAGGUUCCACAGCAGAUGGAUGUGAAGCAGGAAGUGCUGAAACAGGAAGUGGCCCCUGAUGUGGGUGCAGACAACCCCCCUCCUGUUUCAGAUGGGGAUGAACAGAGUGAUCAAACUACCUCUUCAGAUACAACCAGUAAGAAGGGUCUUGUCCCAGAUGUCCUCUGCAGCAUGUUGAUGGACACCACUGCUGAGCACAGGCGCCAUCUGUUUGAUCUUAACUGCAAGAUAUGCAUAGGCUGUAUGUUGUCUGAUGAGCAGUUAGAGCAAAAAAAGGUCAAACUCUCUGUGUUCUCAACUACCCAUGACAUGGAACCAAAAGAAAAGCAAGAGGCCUUGACUUGCAAGGCAGACAGUCCCUCUGGUGAAGAAGAUUCAGUUGUACAUAUUGGAAUCCAGAAUCCAGAAGCUGAGUCUGCAACUUCCAUGGAUGAAGAAGCCACCAAGCCUUUCAUCUCUACCAUGACCCAUGUGGGGUCUAGUUACCACCCUUCUGUCAUUGUCACUCAAACCAUUACUGCCACCCCAAGCACCACUGAGCCCAUGUCUAUGACCAAGCUGUGUCUGCAUUCAGUACCAGUCUCACCUGUCUCUCUUCCCAAAUCUGUUUUGCUGAAACCAACCUUUUCUCCAGACAUCCAAUCUUUCAGUGCUUCUAAAUCCUCCUCCAGUCUGACAGGCAUGUCUCAGGAUGGGGAAACUGCCCUGUGUCUCCCCAAGCAGCCAAUUCUGUGGAAGGGGUUUAUCAGUAUGCACACUGUGUCCAAGUUUGCUACCAAGGCCUGCCUGGUCUCUGGCUUCUUUGACUGUCUGGAGGAGAAUUUGCCAGACACUAUACAAAUUGGAGGCCGCAUUACUCCUCAGACUGUGUGGGAUUAUGUGAGGAAGCUCAAAGCAUCUUUCUCUAAGGAGCUGUGUCUGAUUCGAUUCUAUCCUUCAUCCGAGGAAGAGGAAGCAGCCUAUGUCUCUCUCUUCUCAUAUUUUAGCAGCAGGGGGCGCUUUGGUGUGGUGGCCAACAAUAAGCCUUAUGUGAAAGACCUUUAUGUCAUCCCACUUAGUGCCAAAGACCCUGUUCCCUGCCAACUUUUACCCUUUCAUGGGCCAGGACUGGAGGCAAAUCACCCCCAUCUUCUUCUUGGGCUGGUCAUCUGCCAAAAGAAGUUUUCUGGAGUCUGGCAAGAGAGUGAGAAGAAGACAUUAAAAAUUACAACUGAAGAUUCUGAUAACAGUGCUCUUCAAAAUCUGCACACUGACAUCAAACAGGCAAAUUCGGCACUGUUCCAUCUUCACUUACCUGCCAGCACCACUUCAGACUGCCCAUUCCCCUCUUACCCCUCUGUGUCCUUGACAAAUUCCCCUGUCAGCCCAUCUGUGUUUUCUGUAAUUUCUUCUAAAGCACCUUCCAUCACCAACUUAAAGAAAGAGUCUCCCCCUCCUACAUCUACUAGUUGUGCUCCACUUCAGCUGAUCCUAAACACACUGUUUGGAAAGAAGAAACAGGACUCUGAUAAUUCAAAACAGUUACUAGUUGAAAAUCUGCAAUCGCAUGCUCUACUGUUUGAUCCCAUAGUUCAGAAAUUUGGUGGUGUUUCUAAUGAAGACACGGAGGAUGAUAGACCAUAUGAUCCAGAGGAAGAGUAUAAUCUAGAAAUGCAGUAUGGAAUGGAAACGGCUACAGACACUGCUACGGUGUUUCCAGCCAGCCCACUUGUUGAUGUAUUAGCUACAGUUGAUGAUGUAGCAUAUGACCCUGAAGAUGAAAGUGUCUUUGCAGAGUUGGAAGGAGUUGCUACUAACAUUCCUGACCAAACACUGACCGAGACCUUGUCUGAAUACAGAAUUACGUCUAAAAGUAACUCCUCAGAGCUAGUGCAACAAAAGAGAAUGCUGGAAGAGCUAAACAAGGAGAUUGAAUUGCAGAAACAGCAGGUGGAGGAACAGGAAGAAGUGCUUCGACAGCAAAAGGCUGUUAUAGGCUUGUCCAUGGCCCAUUUUUCUGUCUCUGAUGCCCUGAUGUCCCCACCCUCAAAACUGUUACAAUCAAACAACCGGUUGUUGCAGCUUGAAGAAGAAAUGAAGCAUUCGGAUAUAUCAGCAAUAACCCAGAGAAGUGACACUAAGAAGAGUGAGGACUCAUUGCAAGGAGCUACUAAUCAGAGGGUAAUAUCUAAAAGUCCUAAAAAAGGUGGGAUUGGUGUAAAGGACUUUGCUGAGGAACAAUUAUCAGGACAUUGUUUACAGAACUCUGAGUUUUGUGUGGGGACUACAACUUUAGAAGUCUCUUCCUUAGAGCACAUAGAAAACGUAAAAGAUUGCAUUUCUUCUUCAGAGGAGAAGAUGAAUUCUGAAAAGGAAUUGAAAUUCACUGAUGAGCCAAAAGUGAAAUGUUACCAAACCUCUACAGAGGGUGAAAUUAAUGCAGACACCACUUACUCAAAUUCCUCAAGCACCGUUAAAGCAAAUGACAAUAAUACACCAUUUUCAGAGUUUUGUCAACCCACCUGUAUGUAUAUGGCAGAUCCACUAAUUCCACUUGUGGAAAAGGCAGUUUCUGAUUUUGAAAGCGUUACGUCUCAGGUUGGGGCAUCAAGUGUUUACCAUUCUUACGAGACUCCAUUGGAGGAGUCCCAACAAUUGUUUGAUUAUUUUCAAGGAACUCUUUGUACUUCAGUGACAAAUGCUGGGACUCUUCCUCCAUUCAAAGAAGUUGGUCAAAGUAUGCCUUCUCCUCAGGUGCUUAGUGACACUGUGCCUGUCUGUGAUAUGGAUUCACGUUCUGUAGAAUUUGUAGAAUGCCAGUGGUCUCUUCCAAAGUUUAAUACAGCCUCAUCAAAUAUGAAUUAUUCUGAACCCAGAGGCAGCCAUUUUAGUAGAAUGCAACAAAGCAAUUUCUGUAAUAGAGGCCUUACAACCGCUUACUUUCCAGGUCCAAGAAUUGUUCCUUACUGUCAUGGGCUUCAGAGAGACCCUUUUGACUCACAGUAUGACUUCAAUAAUUAUUUCAUGCAGGAGGUAGAGCAACAUGAAGAACAGAUGCUAUUACAUUUAAAUAAAGGGAGUCAGUUGUCUUCACAGGGUCUUGACACAGUUAAUAUACACAACCGGUCUGAAGGAUGGUGGAAUCCAUCACAGCAGCAUUUCACUCGGUUUGACUACUGCAGAGGUCCAAGAAUGUUUCAAGAGCAAAAAGGUCUUCCACCCAGUCAAUUCUCAGAGAGUAGAAGGAAACUGCAAUUUCAUUUACAAGGUCAGCAUGUUCAGCAAGAUGGAAGACAGCUGCGGCAUUCUGGUCCUUUGCUUCCUACUCCCCCUCAGGGUCCCAUUCACAUACAUCAUAGAAGACAGAGUUCAGAGUUCUGUCAUCAAAGCAACUGGCUCCGAUCAUCUGACUUGAGAAGAACCAGCCCACCGCUUAAUUCUGAGCCACAGAACAAUGGCUAUAGGCUUAGUAGGACUGAGGGUGGUCAUAGGGACAGGGGAUGGAUCCAGUGUCCGAAGCACUGGAGGAGAGAGUACAGUGGAGAAGGCAGCAAAUCGCGGAGGGAAGAUCUGCAGCGGGACAUUAGUAUGUGGAGGCAAAAAUACUGGGAAAGAGAACACACUACAAGAAGAGAAGCUGACAGGCACAGAAAGGAAGGUGAUAAAAAGAAAGAGAAGGUCCUUAAGAGGGACCAAAAAGAAGAUAGACGUAGAGAGAGAGGUCAGCACAGGAAACACUCUGACAAAGAUAAUCCAAAGAAUCAAGACCGAGAACGUGAUCAAAAUAGCAGGGACAGAAGGCACAGCCUGUCGAGGAGUAAAGACAGGGAUGACAGAAAACAAAGAGAUUUUGGAAGACGCUGGAUCAGAGAUAGUGGUCAGGACAGGGACAGCGCCAAAGACAUGGAAGAAGACUAUAAUUAUAAUAGAACUGGCCAUUCAUAGCA